AUGUCCACUUCCACCCCCACCCCCACACUGACCGUCUACGACAUCCUGAUGCGCGAGCCCGUACAGGAGAACGCCUGCUCGCCCAACCCCACCAAAACCCGCCAAACGCUAAACUUCAAGGCCAUCCCCUACCAAACAACCUGGGUCGACAUGCCUGACAUCGCCAAAACCCGACAAUCGCUGGGCGUCCCCGCCGGCCGCAAGUUCGCCGACGGGAGCGAUUUCUACACCCUCCCCGUCCUGGUGGAUGGCGCCACUAACGCCAAAGUCGGCGACUCGUUUGAUAUCGCGGUCUACAUGCACGAGACGUAUCCCAGGGCGGGCGGGGACUUGUUUCCGCAGGACGUGGAGCUGGAUUUCCGGACGAGCGAUACGACCAUGCUCGUUCCGCUUUCGGAGCUGAGUGAGGUGGCGCGACGGGAGGAGUAUGUCCGCUAUGCGGAGUUCAACACGCACGUUGAUGCUGCGUUUACGGCGCACACGAUCCUCAACGUCAUGGGGUUGCCGUUCCACCCGGCGUCUGCGGAGGCGUCAAAGGCGGAGUUCUGUCGGCGCGCGGGGAUGCCCUCGUUCGAGGCGUUCCAUGUCACGGGGGAGGCGAGACAGGCGAUUCUGGCCUCGUUUGAGAAGACGCUGGGGGAUCUGGCGAGGUUGUUUGUGCGUGAUCAGUCAGGGCCGUUUAUUCGGGGGGAGAAACCCUGCUAUGCGGAUUUCAUUGUCGGGGGUUGGUUGAGGAUGUUUAGUGUUUGUGCGCCGCCGGAGGAGUGGGAACAGGUGAGGGGGUGGCAUGGAGGUGUGUUUGGGAAGUUGUUUGAUGGGUUGAGGGGGUUUUAUGAGAUCAAGUAG